GGCGGCGCUCGGGGCUGGGUUGUCAGUCAGUGAGCGGAGGGGGAAGAUGGCUCGCCGGGACCCGUUCUGCUAGGAAGAAGGGGGGCAGGUGGUGCUGCUGACUCGGGAGAAAGCAGAGCAGCUGCUGUCGCUGUCUCUGCGAGCCAGACAAGUCGAGGUUCUGGAGGUGGACCUUGGGGAGCCGCUCUGGUUGAAGGUUUAGAACAGAUGUGGCAAGAUGUUCACUUCAGAGAAAGGGGUUGUGGAGGAAUGGUUGUCAGAGUUUAAGACACUACCAGAAACAUCUUUACCAAAUUAUGCCACAAAUUUGAAAGACAAGAGUUCUUUAGUUUCAUCUCUCUAUAAAGUUAUCCAGGAGCCACAAAGUGAGUUGCUAGAACCUGUCUGUCACCAGCUCUUUGAAUUCUAUCGCAGUGGAGAGGAGCAGUUGCUUCGAUUUACACUGCAGUUUCUUCCAGAACUGAUUUGGUGCUACCUUGCCGUCUCAGCCAGCAGAAAUGUGCAUAGCAGUGGAUGCAUUGAAGCUCUUCUUCUAGGGGUUUACAAUUUGGAAAUAGUUGACAAACAAGGACAUAGCAAAGUAUUGAGUUUUACAAUUCCAUCUUUAUCCAAACCAUCUGUAUAUCACGAACCUUCCAGCAUUGGGUCCAUGGCUCUGACUGAGAGUGCACUAUCCCAGCAUGGUUUGUCAAAAGUUGUGUACAGUGGACCUCACCCACAAAGGGAGAUGUUGACAGCACAGAAUAGGUUUGAAGUGUUGACAUUCCUUUUGUUGUGUUACAAUGCUGCCUUAACCUACAUGCCCAGUGUUUCUCUUCAAUCACUGUGUCAGAUUUGUUCAAGAAUCUGUGUUUGUGGAUAUCCUCGCCAACAUGUAAGAAAAUACAAAGGUGUAAGUAGCAGGGUACCUGUUUCUUCAGGAUUCAUGGUGCAGAUGUUAACAGGGAUUUAUUUUGCCUUUUAUAAUGGAGAAUGGGAUCUAGCUCAAAAAGCAUUGGAUGAUAUUAUAUACAGAGCCCAGCUAGAAUUAUAUCCAGAGCCAUUGCUGGUUGCUAAUGCAAUAAAGGCUUCAUUGCCUCAUGGUGCCAUGAAAUCUAGUAAGGAGGGUACAAGGUGUAUUCAAGUUGAAAUCACACCAACUUCCUCUAGAAUAUCAAGAAAUGCAGUAACUAGCAUGUCAAUAAGAGGUCACAGAUGGAAAAGACAUGGAAAUACAGAAUUAACAGGUCAAGAAGAACUGAUGGAGAUAUCUGAAGUUGACGAGGGAUUUUACUCCAGGGCUGCGUCUAGUACCAGCCAGUCGGGUUUAUCAAACAGUAGUCAAAAUUGUAGUAACAAGACAAGUGUAGGAAAGACUCAGAGGCGGUCAGGAGGAAGCAAAACUGGAGGAAAAGAAAAAGAAACUACAGGAGAGUCUUGCAAAGAUCAUUUUGCUCGAAAACAAACUCAAAGAGCCCAAAGUGAAAAUCUCGAGCUUCUCUCCUUGAAGAGACUUACAUUAACAACCAGCCAAUCCCUGCCUAAACCUAGUAGCCAUGGUUUGGCUAAGACCGCUGCGACUGUAUUUAGUAAAUCCUUUGAACAAGUCAGUGGGGUCACAGUCCCUCAUAACCCAUCAUCUGUUGUUGGCUGUGGGACUGGGACAGAUGCCAAUAGGUUUUCUGCUUGUAGUCUCCAAGAAGAAAAGCUUAUUUAUGUUUCUGAAAGGACUGAACUUCCAAUGAAGCAUCAAGCAGGUCAACAGAGACCUCCUAGUAUUAGCAUUACUCUGUCCACAGAUUAAUUUGUAAUCACUUUCUCAUGUAACCAAUGAAUCUGGAAGUACGACUUUGCUUCUUUAUGAAAGUGCCCAGGGUCUUUCAUCCCUGUUCCUGACAGGACCCAUGAUUUCUAAAUUCUGGAGGCUACCUUGAUUUUAUGAAGGGAACGAUGUCUAGGUUGCAGUAAGUUGAAAUGUGGUUUUAUUAUUUCUUGGUUGUGGUUUUUUCACUUGGUUUAAGUCUUUUUUUUUUUUUCCUUUUUCUUUAUUUCUUAGCUGUUUCUGUUGCCCUAAGAUUGUCAGCAUGACAAUAACAUUUUGUGGCAGGUUGUCUGAUCAGAUUGAUUACAUCUCAUGUGAGGUUGUGAGUCUUUUUUUCUUAUUUUAAAAAUAACUCCUGUUUGGUAGUGUACGUUUGUCCUUCAGUGUAAAAGGGAAUAUCCAUGUAUGUGAACUGUUUGUUUUUUUUUUUUUAAGGAUGAGACAUAAGUGCAACUCCAGGGAUUCUCCAGCUGGCUGUUCAGCAAGCCAGUCUAAAAAACAGGCAUGUGAAAAAAUAAAAAAAGAUACGUAUGAAAAAUGCCUGACAAAAAUAUUUAUAACUGGAUCAUCUUUAAGAUUAGUAGAACAGCUUAUAUAAAGCACUGGAAAAUGCCUGGUAACUUGGUACCCUAAAAUAUCAUAUGAUUCUAGGUGUUGGGAAGAGGGAUUUCUGUUGUUAUCUUUGGUACACUUUUAUAUCAAAAAGUAGGUUGCUGGUAGAUGUGUUGUUUUGAAGAGUUUGAUCUGGUUUUAGCAGGUGAAAAUCUCUUUCAAUUCCUAAGAUGUAAUAGGCCAUAAAGCUGACUCAUCCUCUUGCUGGACUUCAGAAAUCCUACUUAGUUUGGAUUCCCAUAAUUCAGAGCACACAUCAUUGAAGACUUCCUGGAAAUCGUUGUAAAUCUUGCAACACAGCUCUGAAGAUACCAUUGUUCAUCAUAUAAUAUUGAAUUGUCUGUCUACAAAUGAAGGAAAUUAGGUAAAUUUUUCAUCUAUAAAAUAUUAUUGAAAGAAAAUAGUGAAAUAUGGACAAAGGACAUUUAUACAUUAACUAGGGCAAUUUAUGUUUGUGUUCUUAAGUUUACAGUUAUAAAAUAUGAAAAAAAUGUGUUUCUUAUUUUGCAAAUAGGCUUAUUUUAAAUGUUCUCAUUAUGUGAAAGAGUGAUCAGUGCCCCCAAUUAAUAAUUAGGGUAAGAGAGAGAAAGCAGAGCUGAGGAUGAGAGUAAGUUGCUUGGGAAGAAGACUUAGGGAACUGUCCAUUUGUUAGUGGUUAGUACAUAGUGGUUUCCUUAUUCAUGGUCCUUAGCUGUGGUCAUACAGAGAAAAUGCUAGUUUUCCUCUUGUACCUGCUUGUGCAGAGCUCAAAUAUGUAAAAAGGUUGUAUAUCUUGAAGACUGCUAAAGCAUUUAGACUAUGAAUGCAGUUUUGAACAUAAUUGCUUUGGCUCCAAUUUUAAAUCUGAUUCUUCAAAAAGCACGAACCCUGAAUUAAAUUUUUUUUUUUUAACACAAGUUUAUUUGACUUUUUUAGUUCCAGUAAUAGAAAUGGAAUAGGAUCUAUUGGCAUAGAUUGUAGUUAAAAAAAAAAAAAAAGGCAACCAGACAGUGAAAGUUGAUAAAGUAUUAAUUUAAUAGGAAUCCUGUGUACAAUUUAAAAUAUUUGUAAAAUGUCCCUGUGAAUUUCUAAUUGUCAUUUUGUAAUUCUUUAACAAAGAAUUUUCCCUAGGCAUAGCUACUAAUAAUAUUAAUAGUCUUAAGAACUAAUUUAGUAAAAGAUUGGCAUUGUAAGCAACUUAAGGUGCUUAGGAAACAUUGUAGAAUAAAUUUGAGGAAGCAUUACCUUGCACAAAUGAGAGAUCAGAUUUUAACAUUCAACUGCUGUAAUGGAACCUCAUUUUGGUAUUAUUCUAGAUCAUUGCUGUUCUAGAUCACUGUGGUCUGAGGACCAGUAAUGAGCAUUGGCAUCACUUGGAAUCUUGUUAAAAAUGCAGAAUUUCAAAGCGACCUUAGACAUAGUGAAUUGUAAUCUGCAUUUUAAUAAGAUCUCAAGUGAUUUUUAUGCACAUUAAAGUUUGAGAAGACAGUAUCAAAGUGCAAACCACUUAACUGAUGUUUAGAAUUCUCAGUGGUCUCACAACCCAAGAUCAAUUAUAUAAAAUACUAGAUCAUUAUAAUCUUCAUUGUUUUGAACAGCUAAUUAAUUUUUACAUGGUGUCAACUGACUUCUUAAGUUCUCUAAUUCUAAAUCUUUAAUGAUUCUCAUUUAUUUUUACAAUAAAGAAUGUAACAUUUUGUAUUUUUUUUUUGUUAACUGUAAAUGGAAACAGAACUGUAGACACUUACAACUUAGUAUGAAAGGGGUACCACCCUUUUAUACAGUGCACAACAAAUCUGCAUGUGUUUAUUCUUUUAAAAAUUCUGAAGGCUUACUCAAAGGAGUGGUCUGAAUUUUUGCUCUAAGUUAUUUGUACUAGUUGAUUUUUUGGAGUGUGGCAUUAGCUGGUAAAAUUCCUUUAUAGUACCUUUGAUACUCUUUCAAAUAAGAUUAUAUGUUUGAAAAUUUUUAUAGUAAUUAUAAAUAUUGGAUAAUGCUAACUGUGGUGACAAUUGUAAUUAUCCCUAAUAUUCUUGUCCCAGUUACUUUUCCAAAUUUGAAAGUUGAGAUGGCUUUUAUAGGUCAUUUUCUCAUGAAGAUACUGAUGUGACCAUUUGGUCACAGACCUUCUAUAAAUCCAGAGUAUCCUUUUAUCACAAGAAGGAUUCUGCACAAAACUGGGGCCUUGCACCCCAUUGCUCAGAGGAUCUGAGCAGACACUGUAGUCCCAUUACACAUUUUAAACCUUAGAGAUUCUUGAAAUUACCGAACCUCUCAUUCUUCAAAUACCCAACUACCUAGGAUAUUCUAGUGAGGCUGGGUCCUAGCUUUUGCCUUUUGGAAUCCAACUAGGGAGAGAAACAAAGACUUUUCAGGGGAAUGUACCAGAAGAUCCAGGACAAGUGAGUGCCCCAGAAUCCCUUGCCCACGACCAUGGAACUUUUUAAGGCAGCUCUUUUGACUUGAAGAGUAGAAAUUCUCAGUUCUUAAUGAUUUCAGUUUGUCUUGAAAAAGCAGUAUUUCAUUGCCCUUUUCAAGUAUAAAGUAACUGCUUAGCAAACAUUACUCAUUUAAAAACAAAAAGUUGAAAUAAAGGGAAAUACAAUUUUUAAACCAAAAUAGGUAAAAAUGAUCCCAUUUUUAAAGGGAUUUUGCCUCUUUUUGAAGAAUAAAAUUAGUGUCGAAACCGUUAAAUUUAAAGAAAAAUAUACUCUGACUUGCAAUUUUCAGCAAAUAUUUAAAAUAAGGCUAUUUAACACUUUGAGUCUAUAGGCACAGUACACCUACACUUUACUAAAGGGAAGCACAUCAAGGAAAUAUAUAUGUUAAAUAAUGUAACUGAAAAAAUAUCUUUUAAAAACCAUUUAAAAAAAGAAUAAUUUGAUGGGUACUUAAAUAAAGCAUUGUACAUAGAAAUUAAUGUAUAAUAAUGUCUUCCCAAUCUUUGAAUGAAAAAUAAACUGUUUAGUCCUUUAAUUAGCAUGAAUUUAUACUUUUAGAUUAAUUGCUUAGUAAAAUUAUACUCAGUACCUUGAGUUAUUCACAUUUAUGUUUAACAUCGUUAAAUUCUUCAUCAUAGAACAUAAAUAUGUUAACAUCUGUAUUUUGUAACUUGUGCAUAUCUAAAGAAACUAACUGACCAUUUUGGAAGAUGUUUUUGAGUUUUUUUUGAUAGUAGAGUUCUAGAGUACUGAUAUCUUGAUACGAAGUUUCUACCAGUAAGCUCAAGAUCAUACUUUCUCUUAUGUGGGGUUUAUUGUGUACCUCUUAUCUUUACUUCUAAUCAUGUAGUGAUACUAAUCUUUUCAUAGUAAAUAUACUUGUUUCUAAUUGUAUUCCUAGAGUUUACAUUCCUAAAGAAUAAACUAUGACUUUGGA